AUGCCUCUGCAGGGGCCCCAGAGGAGGCUGCUGGGCUCCCUCAACUCCACCCUCCCAGCCACCCCCUACCUCGGGCUGACCACCAACCAGACGGAGCCCCCGUGCCUGGAAGUGUCCAUUCCUGAUGGGCUCUUCCUCAGCCUGGGGCUGGUGAGCCUAGUGGAAAAUGUACUGGUGGUGACUGCCAUCGCCAAGAACCGCAACCUGCACUCACCCAUGUACUACUUCAUCUGCUGCCUGGCCGUGUCCGACCUGCUGGUGAGCAUGAGCAACGUGCUGGAGAUGGCAAUCUUGCUGCUGCUGGAGGCCGGAGUCCUGGCCACCCAGGCCUCGGUGUUGCAGCAGCUGGACAACAUCAUUGAUGUGCUCAUCUGCGGCUCCAUGGUGUCCAGCCUCUGCUUCCUGGGCAGCAUUGCCGUAGACCGCUACAUCUCCAUCUUCUAUGCGCUGCGGUACCACAGCAUCAUGAUGCUGCCCCGUGUGUGGCGUGCCAUCGUGGCCAUCUGGGUGGUUAGUGUCCUCUCUAGCACCCUCUUCAUCGCUUACUACAACCACACGGCUGUCCUGCUCUGUCUCGUCACCUUCUUUGUGGCCAUGCUGGUGCUCAUGGCAGUGCUGUACGUGCACAUGCUCGCCAGGGCGUGCCAGCACGCCCGGGGCAUCGCCCGGCUCCACAAGAGGCAGCACCCCAUCCACCAGGGCUUUGGCCUCAAGGGUGCCGCCACCCUCACCAUCCUGCUGGGCGUUUUCUUCCUCUGCUGGGGCCCCUUUUUCCUGCACCUCUCACUCCUUAUCCUCUGCCCUCAACACCCCACCUGCGGCUGUGUCUUCAAGAACUUCAAGCUCUUCCUCACCCUCAUCCUGUGCAGCGCCAUCGUCGACCCCCUCAUCUAUGCCUUCCGCAGCCAGGAACUUCGAAAGACGCUCCAGGAGGUGCUGCUGUGCUCCUGGUGA